AUGGACGAUAUGCAGCCCAAGACCCAAUCCCGGCCACACUCGUCUAGGCACGUGCCGGGACAGAAUAUGGUCUUUCGAAUCCCGAACUACAAACCAGAGGAUCCCCUUGCGUGUGGGUCCGAGCAGUCUGCACAGGUCUAUCAUUCCCGCCGGUCUCAUCGGAAAUCCCGCGCCGGCUGUGUGAACUGUAAGCAGCGAAGAAUCAAGUGCGAUGAAGCAAAGCCGCAUUGUCUUCGAUGCCAAAAACAUGGUGUCGAGUGUGACUACUCGAGCCAGCCAGCUCGACCUCAAAAGACCAAUAACAUCGUUUCCAAAUUCAUUAAGACCAACCCUGAGCUGACAUCGAUUGAUUUUCAAGCUUCUUCAAUGUCUCCAAGGAUAAUCACGGACAAGCUAAAAGAAUUGCUGCAACCACCCCCUGCUACCGAUACCAAGCUGCCGAGAUUACUCACAGAUGCCAUAAUAUCAACCCGCACUAUGGAAGCAUUGCAUCAUUUCCACAAAGGCCCAGCCUUUGCAACUGAACGCCAAACACCUCUUCGAAUAGUAAUGGGCAAAAUGGUUGAACUUGCCUUCGAAACCCCCUUCCUCAUGCACGCCAUAAUAGCAGCCGCAACAACUCACCUCUGCACUCUCCUCCCAGACAACAAAGACUACCGCCUAGCAGAAGCCUACCACUGGCAACAAACAAUAAACCAAUACUCGACCGAAGUCUCCAAAACAAUUACCCGCCAGAACAUGGACAAGCUCUACUCGGCCUGCAUGAUGAUCAGCAUGCACUCCUUCCUCCAAGAAACCUUCAACCCGCGCACCUCCUUCGUCUUCACCACAGACCCAACAUCCCUAACCUGGCUCCGCCUGCAGGCCGGCCUCCGCUAUCUCAUCGAGCGUACGAUCCCCUGGCUCCCGCAGAGCAUGUGGUGGAGUGUAUUCAUGGAGUCGCGUGAUCCGUCCCUGAAGUUCGAAGAUAAGCGUCCUGGUCGUGUGGGUCUUGAUCCGGAUCUGGCGGAUCUUUGUGGGAUUGAUGAUGAGACGACUGUCGAGUCAAAUGCGUAUUUGUGGCCUUUGCGGAUGCUUAUGGGGUUGUUGCCGUUUGAGAGGUCGACGGGUAGUUUUCAGGUUUAUAAUACUUGGAUGGGGAGGCUGGAGAAUCCAUUUUAUGAGUGUUUGCUUAGGAAGGAGCCGGCUGCGCUUGUUUUGUUGGCUUGGUGGUUGGGACUUAUGUGUUAUGUUGAGGAGUGGUGGGUUGAGAUGAGAGUUCGAUCGGAGUGCACGGCUAUCUGUAUGUUUCUUGAGGAUAGUUGCGAUCCGCUAGUUUUGAACUUGUUGGAGUUUCCGGCGUCGUGUUGUGGGUAUUUGCUUAGACAUGAGCAGGAACGGGCUAGGGUUCUUGAGUUGGAUUGA